GUUAACUCCUUUCAUCCUGUGGUGUCCAGCCUGGCCCCUACUCACCAACCUGCCUUUGACUUCACUACCAGCGAUAUUUUCUCUUUGUGAAUUUCUAUCAAUAUUUAAUACAGUGGUGUCGGUUAUGCUGUAAGAUGAGAGGAACUACUAGAAACCUUGAAUUAUACAUCAUGUGGUGGGGGAAAGCUGGGAGCAUUUUCUUUUGAAUCCAUAGCUCUUGGAGUUGAUCCUCCAGGACCUGCAGCUUGAAACCCCGAUAAUGGAUGAGCCCCAGAAGAAACUCAGCCCCCGGCACGAAGGACGGCCCCGCAAGGUGAGGUUCAAAAUAUCCUCAGCUUACAGCGGUCGAGUGUUAAAACAAGUCUAUGAGGACGGGCAGGAGCUGGAGCCCCCGGCCAAGGAGCACUCGCGGCGGUUCCUGCGCCACAGCUUCGAGCCAGAGGACCAUUUCUGCGGGGCUGGGGAAGCGCUGGAGAACAGGUUCUACUGGCCCACGGCGCUGACUGCCCAGCGGAUCAGCAUCUUCAGAGAGGAUCAGGAACACAGUCUCACGGCGACCUCACCCCUGCUCAGUGACUGCCAGCCCGGUGCCAGCCACUGCAGGGCUUCCCCAGUUGUAGAUUUUGGCAAGAUCAUCAUCUACACUAAUAACCUGAAAAUCAUCCGUGCACCGAUGGACCAGAAAGAGCUCAUGAGAAGAAUCAUCCAGACUGAGGGAAUAAAUGACUGUACCUUCCUGUACCGGGAGAGGAAAGAAAGAUUUAGUGGUGGACAUAAAAAAGAUGUGGAAAAAAAGAUCACCUGCAACCAGCAUGUGCAGGAGGGCGAUGCUGAACACGGUUGUUCACAGUGUAAAGGCUCAGGCUCUGCUCCCUGCUCGCUGUGCCAUGGAAGCAAGUUCUCAAUGCUGGCAAACAGAUUCAGGGAGUCCUACCGGGCUCUGCGGUGUCCAGCGUGCAAUGAGAGUGGGUUGGAGCCCUGCCACAUCUGUACUGCCUGACUGGGCUGCCAGGGUUCGUGGAAAACUUGGAAUUAUUUAACAUCCCAACAGCCUCGCAAUGGCAAGUUUUUAAAAGAUGGGAAUGGCACGUUAUACAUAUCUCACUGUGAGUGUGAAACUGCACCUCUCCUCCCGAUCGUCCCUCCAGUCUGCCCCGUGAGCCUGUCCAGCUUUGGAAUCAGCCUGACCCCGGGUGGAAUGUGUCCCUGAUGCCAGAUGCAAGGCAAAUGUAUCCCCGGCCCAGAGCAAAAGAUCAGCAUUUGGAGGUCAAGCACCUGUGUAAACACCUCUGCACCUGGAACUCAGCUGAAACAGUCCCUGUGCUGGCACUGUCCCUCUCUUGGGUACUUGGUGCCUGGCACAGCCAGGUCUGACCCCUGGGUGCUCUGUCAUUAGACGCUGCAGGAGUGGGUGUGCAGUUGGUACCAGUACAGGUGCACACUGCCUGUACAAGCAGUGCCUCUCCCGGGUUUUAAUUUGCCGAACACUGCAAGUGACACUGUUGUUGCUGUUAACUUUGUCCGUGCCCUGCAGGGUCACAGGCAUUUCCUGAGGUUUUGUUGAUCUUACACCGUCUUUAGUGACACAGUGAUACCUUUGGGGUCUGAUUUAUGGGAGGCAAUCGAAAACCCUUCCCAAACCUGGAGCUAUAAAAAUAAAAUAAACAUGUAUUUAUUA